AUGGGUUACGAACCCAUCCGGAGCGACGACGAGGCCCGCGCUCGGCGCCGCGGGUCCGCGGCCAUGGUCGGCGUCUUCGGCCUGGUCAUGGGCUUCGCGGUCCUCGCGCGCGACGCGCCGGCGCGGUUCUGGGCGCCCCUCGCGGCGCUCGUCGGCGCGGGCGGCGGGAGCUCCUUCGCCGCGUCCGUGGCGCUCAGCCAGCCCUACGACAAGAACAUCCUGUGCUACCUCGCGGACGUCGACGUGACGGGCUGGAGCGGCGGCCACGCGACGGCGCGCGUCGCCGUGAGCUACACGCCCUCCGACUCCGACGGCCUCUGGAUCUGGAGCGAGGCCGCGGACGUCACGGCGGCGGCCCCGAGCGCGCAGAUCACGUUCUGCCGGCUGCGGCUGAACGCGGCCCACGACGUGCGCGUCUACGUGCGGUCCGGCGCGCGGACGCAUUUCGUCCACGAGGCGACGAUCUCCACCGGGAGCCUCGGCUUCGACGAGCUCGACGUCGGGCCCUUCGCGGAGGUCACGGGGAGCAAGCCGUCCUUCCCGCUGGUCACGGUGCAGCACAUCGUCGGCGACGAGACGUCGACGAAGUGGUUCGGGUUGCUUUCCCUCGACCAGGAGGGCUACGUCGUCUGGUACCACGCGAUGCCGACGAACCGCACGCUCUACAGCGUCUUCCAGCAGUCGACGAAGACGCGGAACAUGGUCAUCAUGCGCGAGGCCAUGGACUACGAGGAGGGGAACUACACGAACUCCUACCUCCUGGAGAUCACGCCCGUGGGCGAGAUGCGCGUCCAGUACGAGAACGCGUGCGACGGCGACCCGCUGGGCUUCACGCAGUUCAACCACGAGAUGAAGCUCGACGGGAACUCGUCCAAGGCCAUCACGCUGGCCUACAACGUGCGCGACACCUUCGGGAACUACGACUCGCUCGAGCCCCUGAACCCGAAGCUCGCGUCCACCUGGCAGAGCGAGCACGGCGACGACACGCCCGUGUCCUACGUCGGCGACCAGCUCGUGCGCUGGGACCGGGCGACGAACGAGGUCGAGACGGUCUACGACCUCUUCGACUACGUGGACCCCGUGUCGAACGCGUACCUGUCGUCGUCCUACGGCUGGGUCGACCUCGAGUGCAAGGACGAGCGCAAGUCGCGGGGCAUCGAGUGGUCCCACGGGUCGUCGGCGGCCGUGGGCAUGGACGGCGACUACCUCAUCACCCUGCGCAACCUCCAGAUGCUCCUCUCCAUGGAGGCCGACGGGUCCGGCGCGCGGUGGGCGCUCGCGUCCGACAGCUCCGCCGUCGGCGACGGCGGCGCGUUCGACGUCUACCGCUUCGACGCGGAGGGCUCCAAGUUCUGGGAGCCCCACGCCGUCGUCGCCACGGCCAAGGACGAGUUCUUCCUCGUCGACGACGGCAAGAGCCGGCCCAACUGCACGGGCGCGACGACGACGUGCUUCUCGCGCGCCGUCGGCUACCGCCUCGACCACGCGAAGAAGCAGGCGAGCCUCUUCUGGGAGUUCGAGUUCCCGCUGCGCAAGGGCGCGGGCAUCGCCAACGAGGAGGCCGAGGACCUCUUCAACUUCGACGGCGGCUACGUCGCCAAGCUCGACCGCGACCGCGGCAACGAGUCCUACAUCGUCGCCUUCACGGCCGUCGUCGUCGACGACGACGCGACGACGGGCCACCCGGCCUUCGUCUUCGAGGUCGACGCGGCCGGGGACGCCGUAUCCAAGAUCCGCCUGCCCCGCGUCCCCACGACGCACAAGAGCGGCUCCUACCGCGCGGAGGCGACGACGUCCAUCAACGGCGAGCUCUUCACGAGGCCAUGGUGA